AUGCUGCCUUUUCCUGCAGGUGCGGGCCAGAACCCCGUCCGUCAGGCAAGUGUUGCUGCAGGAAUCCCUUACUCUGUGCCCGCCUGGAGCUGCCAGAUGAUCUGUGGGUCAGGCUUGAAAGCGGUAUGUCUGGCUGCUCAGUCCAUACUGACGGGGGACUCCAGCAUCGUGGUCGCAGGAGGGAUGGAAAGUAUGAGCAAGGCUCCUCAUGUCAUCCACAUGCGAGCUGGGGUGAAAAUGGGAGAGGCUUCCUUGCAGGACACUAUAAUCCUUGAUGGCCUUACAGAUGCUUUUUAUCAGUAUCAUAUGGGUAUAACAGCUGAAAAUGUGGCCAAUCAGUGGCAAAUCAGCAGAGGGGAGCAGGACCAACUUGCUGUACAGUCACAAAACAGGGCAGAGGCAGCACAGAAAGCUGGCUAUUUUACAAAAGAAAUUGUUCCUGUUCUUGUACCUUCUAAAAAAGGUCCUGUAGAAGUUAAAACAGAUGAACACCCUCGACACGGGAGCAACUUGGAAACAAUGGCAAAGUUAAAGCCCUGUUUCCUGACGGACGGAACUGGGACAGUAACAGCAGCUAACGCUUCAGGUAUAAAUGAUGGAGCUGCCGCCGUAGUUCUGAUGAAGAAAUCGGAAGCUGCGAGGAGAGGUCUUAUGCCUUUGGCUCGGAUUGUUUCUUGGGCUCAGACAGGUAUAGAUCCAUCUAUAAUGGGAGUAGGGCCCAUUUCAGCAAUAAAGCAAGCUAUUGACAAAGCCAGCUGGACUCUGGAACAAGUUGACCUGUUUGAAAUUAAUGAAGCCUUUGCAUCACUCUCUGUUGCAAUAGCAAAAGAACUGAAAGUCAAUCCAGAAAAGAUUAAUAUCCAAGGUGGAGCUAUUGCUCUCGGCCACCCGCUUGGUGCCUCUGGCUGCCGCAUCCUUGUUACUCUUCUACAUGCACUGGAACGAACAGGUGGAAAAUGUGGUGUCGCUGCUCUCUGCAUAGGAGGAGGAAUGGGAAUAGCCAUGUGCGUCGAGAGAUGAAUGUGAAUGAACAGAGGGCUAGCGUGAACUAGCUUUGAAACAGUUUACUAAUAAACUUCUGAUCAUGAAGCUUACAUUGUUUGUUUUGCC